AUGAUCGGAGUCAGACCGCUUCUCAGGUAUCCUGGCUUUGUAGCUGUUUCUAGAAGAAGCGCGCCUGCCUUCUCAGGGCUCUCUAAUGUUGGAUUUUCCAGAUUCUAUUCUACCGAGCCAGAAAAGAAGAAGAAGAAAAAGUCCCAAGCAGCAGAUAUUUCGCAAGUUCCAGUGAAAAAUAUUGGAGUCAUGGCCGACUUUUAUGUUCCUCCAGCUUUUAUGAGCUGUCCCAUUACUUCCUGGCACAAAUUGCUCUUCAGAAGAUUGGGAAUGUUUGUAGUCAACACCUAUAAUGUGAUCAAGUUCAAGAGAGAAACUGGGUUGAAGUUACAAUUCAACGACUGGAAGGAUACCGCUAUUGAGCAAUAUGUCAAAACCAACAAGAUUUUUGCUGCGGCAUGUAGUAAGAGAAGAGCCGAAAGAGCCAAAUAUUUGGAAUCUCAAUUGGCAGAUGUCUCUGGAGCUGAAGUAAUCAGAAACUUAGCCGAAAGAGCUGAUACCUUCCCAGUUGACUCAAAGUUGUCGUGGGAAUUGGUUUCUAUCGGAAACAACCCUAAAGUAGUGUCGUUCAACGUGAUACCCGACUCCAACAACGUCACUGUGUACGUUCAAUUCAUUAUCAAGUUAAUCACUAAGCAAAAGGUAGUAGUCACAGUUCAGGGUCAAGAUCAGACAACUGAAAGAAGUGUCAGUGACUACCUAGUCUACAGCAUGGACCCUGUUACCAGAGAGCUCUUUUUGGUGGGUAAAUUGUUUGAAUCGGACCACAUUAGAAAGGUCGCUCCGGAUGACAAGUUCACCAAUCCCAAAUUCAUGAUUGCCUUCACUAGAGCUAGUGGUGAUAUCUAUAGGGCCAACCCCAAGGCAGUGGAGCCUUCCGGCAAUAACUGA